AUGAUAUCUGGUUGCCAUUUGCAACACAUUUUUUUCUUUCUAGCAAUUUCUAGCUUGCCCUUUUCACAAAAGUGUGGUGAAUUAAAGGCGGAUACUAAAGAGCAAAUCGCAAAUAAGCUUACCGACAUACUACCGUUGUUCGCGGGAAAUCUGCCUCUUCCUGCUUGUCAUAAAGCAAUUAAAAGUAUUGCUCUUUUUAACAAAAACAGUGUGUUGCACAAAGAUGAUAGGCAGAUGGAAAAAGUAGGUAUAAGCCAAGUAUUUAGAAAUAUUGUGUCUUACAAAGCAGAAUUGCCAAAACCUAAGCAAUGCGCUAGAAAGUUAGCUUUGCUAAUUUAUAAUACAUCUGAAAUUAUCCAAAUAAAAACUUUUACAUAUUCUUUUUUGUUUGACUACACUAUUAACUCUUACCCGAAUGCCACCGCGCAUUGGAUGAAGUGUCGUUUUGGUAAGUAUUUUUUGAACUUGUGGUGUGCAGCAAAGGUCAUUUUAUUAAAUUCCUUAUGUGAAGGAUGCAGGCGAUUGACAAGUAUCGAUUGUGUUUUUUGCCACUUUUUUCACCCUGAUAGUUUGUACAUAAGGAAUAUGGUACUUCCACAGUUUAACAGUCGUGUUCUGCAUUCGACGAAUAUGUCUGUGUUGAACGUGGGGAAUCACCAAAUGCGAUCAGUUGCCAUGAAUUUUCACUAG